GCCUUGCUGAAUGCUGAAUGAGAGGAAUUCACAUUUGUUUAAUAAAAAGGGUUUGGUUGGGACCAGGACUUUGCCUUGUGCUCUUUGGGGAAGCCUAGAUCAGAAGUGAGGAGAAAGAGGUACCCUGUUCUAGCAAGGAAGACAGCUAACCCACCCAAACAACCAAACCCCAUUAUCUGAAUGAAUCUACUGUCCAUCUUUAAUUCUUGUUUCCAAAUGCUGAGUCAGAUGCACUAAGGAUCUCCUGCUCACUCUUGGAUAUAGCUGUAUUCUCUUUUUUAUAUAAGCAACACCUCUAGGAUUAUGUACAAGCUAUCCAUGGAAAACUUACAGUCUGUUCACUUGAAUUCUUUAGCUUGUUUUUCUUUUCAUCUGAAACAGGUCAGUGCCCUUGCAUCUUCCCACCUGGGCCAUGGGAUUUGUGUGCUGGUGGGGGCACCUCCUUCAAAAUCACAGCUCUCUUUUGACCCUGCUCUCCUGCUCACCGGAAGGAAACUAGUAGGCUGCCUGAUUGGAGGUUGGAAAUUAAAAGAUGCUCUCCCUCAACUUGUUUUGGAUUAUAUGAAACAUAAAUUUAAUACAGAUGCAUUAAUAUCUCAUGUAUUGCCUUUUGAGAAGAUCAGUGAAGGAUUUGAGCUUUUACUUUCUGGAAAAAGCAUUCGCUCCGUUUUGCUGUUUUAAAACUACAAAUUUAACCUAUCUCACAGUCUCUUUUGCAGUCUUGUGCAGUUUUAAUAGCAUCUCAAUUAAUACUAUACAACCAUUUAGUCUGUGCUGAAAACAUUUAUAAUAAAUUACAUUGGUAAACACAUAUGGAAAGCUAUUUAAUUUAUAAGUUGCUGUGGAAAAAUGCUUUUGAUAAGCUAUUAAGGGCAAUUGAUCCUCCCCAUCACCAUUGCAGAGACCCAUCCAUCUUUCCACAGUAUGCAAGAUUGCCAUUUGGCCAAAUUCAAUGAAAAAGCAAACAUGAAAUCUUGAAUCUUAGAUGGAAAUGUCCUAUUGUGUCAAACAAAUGGAAACGUUAAUUGUGUUAUGUUGCAAUAAUAAAUGGAAUCAAUUAUAAUCCUUUUUGAAUAGUAGACUUGUACCUAUUGCAUUUUAGCUAACCAUUAUUAAACAAAUGAGAUUGCUUUUUGCUAUGUUUGUAGCUAGCAUGCCACCAAAAUUGUCUGGAACAGAUUUGAUGACAUAUCUCAAACUUGUCUGAACUUUCUUUGUCAAAUCCAUUCUUGGGACAAUACUCUUGUUAGGUCAACCCUACUUUGACUUUGUCCCCAAAUCAGAUAUUUAAAGUUUAGAUAAUUUCCUUGAGGUGCUGCACUAUCCUUCCAUUUUUAUAACUGGUUCUUCUCUUUUAGGAUGAUAAAUGGUUUGAAUUUAAAAGAAAACCUGUAUGCCACCUUGAAUUGUUUUAUGAUUAGGCAUCUUAUAAAUUGAAUGAAUGUAGGAAUGAAACAAUAAAAGCAAUAUGUUUGCA